AUAAGCUGAUAGGUGAGGACCGACGGGAGCCGUCAUCUAAUGCAGGUAGAUGUCACUCGGAAGCCGGCAGCCUCUUCGAUGGCUUGCACGCCGGGGAGGAGGUCCUCACGAGUGCCGUCUCUCGGUCGCUCUUGUCGGGUCCACCUGGAGCCACGACUGGCCGCUCUCCUCACGUCAAACCGGUCGCUGGUCUUUGGUAGCCGCGCAAAAGUCGUCCUGUCAGACGGCUGUGGUCGGUCGGUGCGAAGCCAAAGAGGAGCUUUUAGUUGUUUUCUUGUUGAAAUGACAGAAUAAAGUUUUUUUUUUCAAAACCCGAAUGUGGCGCCCGCUUGGCUUGUGUAGUAGCCGGCAUGCUUGCUGCUUUCCUCCGCCUUUGUGCUCAUGUUUGGCCGAGGAGGUCCUCCCCCUACGGCGCUGGGCGGAGUUUCAUACCGGACCAGGCGCUCCUUUUGUCGGAUCUCUUUCGACCUGACUCCCCGGGGCUUCGGGCACAAAGAACAGAACAGAGACUUCUUCUAUGAGCACAGCCACAAAACGUCCGCGGCGUGUGCAGGAGUGUGUGGAACGUGGACCGGAACCACAGGGGGGCGGAGUCAGUUUGAACAGACUCUGCAUGAUGAAUGGCGUUGGCCUUGCUGCGCCUCAAAGCGGCAGACUCAAGAUUGUGGCAGAUGAAUGGCGUCAGGAGGACUGUCUGACACUGUUGGAGAGGAUUCGCAGCCUUCUUCCUGAUGCAGAUGCCAUGAAGUACAAAACAACAGAGUCGCACUUCGACUGGAACAAGGUGGGCUUUGGAAGCUUCACGGGAGAAAUGUGUCGCCAGAAGUGGAGCAAAGUUUCGUCAGAGGUCCGCAAGUACAGAACCAUGACAGAGCUCAUCUUGGAUGCCAUCGAGUUUGUUAAAUAUCCCUACAAAGGCAAGAAGUUGAAGACGCAUCCUGAUUUCCCCAAGAAGCCGUUGACGCCGUAUUUCAGGUUCUUCAUGGAGAAAAGAGCCAAAUAUGCCAAAAUCUACCCGGAGAUGAGCAACCUGGACCUGACCAAGAUCUUGUCCAAGAAGUACAAAGAGCUGCCAGAUAAGAAGAAGCAAAAGUAUGUCACCGAAUUCCAGAGUGAAAAAGAGGAAUUUGGGAAGAACAUGGCUCGAUUCAAACACGAGCAUCCUGACCUAAUGGAGGAAAGCAAGAAGUCGGACCUUCCCGAGAAACCAAAAACUCCUCAGCAGCUUUGGUACAACCACGAGAAGAAGACCUACCUUAAACUCCACCCGGAGGUGACCCAGAAGGAGAUGAAGGAUGUGUUGCGGAGACAAUGGUCUCAGUUGUCUGACAAGAAAAGACUGAAGUGGAUCAGCAAAGCUUUGGAGCUUCAGAAAGACUACGAGGACAACAUGCGAGUGUAUCAUGAGGCUCAUCCAGACGUCACGUCAGACGAUCACGUGCGCUCCGUCCUCACAAAGGCGGAAAGACAGCUGAAGGACAAGUUUGACGGACGGCCGACUAAACCGCCGCCGAACGGAUACUCGCUGUACUGUGCCGAACUGAUGGUCAACAUGAAGGACGUUCCCAGCACGGAGCGCAUGGUCCUGUGCAGCAAAAGAUGGAAGAUGAUGACCCAGAAGGAAAAGGACAUGUUUCAGAAACGCUGCGAGCAGAGGAAGAAGCAGUACGAUGUGGACUUGCAGAGGUUUCUAGCGAGCCUUCCAGAAGAAGAACGAGACCGCAUUCUGACCGAGGAGAAGCUGGGUGGAGCCAGGGGGACAGGAGGCGUGGUCUCCAGUCCGCACAGAACCAAGUCGCCGCUCAUCAAGGUGGAAGAACCAGAACUAUGGGGCUCUUCGGGCUCCAAGGAGCGUCAUGACACCAAGAAGACGGCCAAACUUCCCGAGACACCCAAAACGGCAGAAGAGAUGUGGCAGCACACCGUGACCGCCGACUUCCUGUCCAAAUGCAGAAGCGACCGCAGGAAAGCUCAAGCAGCCAUGGAGGCGGCCUGGAAGUCCAUGGAGAAGAAGGAGAAGAUUCAGUGGAUCAAGAAAGCAGCAGAAGACCAGAAGCGCUACGAGAGAGAGCUGCUGGAAAGGAGGACGCCGCCACUGCCGCUGCCACCAGCAGGGAACCAGAAGAAGCCUAAAUUUGAUGGCGAGCCAAAGAAGCCUCCAGUGAGCGGUUAUCAGAUGUUCUCGCAGGAGCUGCUGACGAAUGGCGAGCUGAACCACUUCAGCCUGAAAGAGCGAAUGGUGGAGAUUGGCAAGCGUUGGCACAAACUGACGCCGGGCCAAAAGGACAAGUACAAGAAGCACGUGGACGAGCAGCAGGGCGAGUACAAGGCAGAACUAGAGGCGUGGAUCAAGUCUCUCUCCCCGCAGGAUCGCGACGCCUACAAAGAGUUUUCCUCCUCGAAACGUCGCAGCACAGCAAAACUUGGAAGCAGUCGUCCAACAAAAGUGCUCCUAACAACGAAGGGCAAGGUGAUGCCCUCCAAGGUCCCACCCCUUGGAGUGGGCGUCAGCAAACGAGCAAUGGCGUACAGAGCAAAGCAAGACAUGUCCGACUCAGACGACGACAAGAGUGAAUCGUCCGACUCUGAUGACGACGAGGAGACAUCGGGAAGCAGCGACAGCGAAGACGACGAGAACGAUGAGGAUGAAGAUGAAGAUCAGACGUCUUCAGAGGAAUCCAGUGACUCGGACUCAGACUAGCCCUGCCUCCUCUUUGGAGAGGAUAGGCUGUGCUGGCCACGCCUCGUGGUGUGACAAGAAUUAGGGGCGGAGCUUAAGACAGCAUUUUGUUAUUUUUUUGAUCAGAUAGGUGGGCGGGCUUGUCUGAAAACAUGAAUAAGAAAUGAAUGCACUUUUUCUCACCCUGACAAGUAAAGUUU